AUGGAACCUACCCAAUUGAUUUCUCAAGAGUGGGAUUCUCUUAGUGGACAGUACACAGCUGAAGAAGCUGAUUUCAUGACUCAGUUCCUUGGUGCCAAUACCAACUAUUCAUGUUUUCCUUCAAAUGUUGCAAAUGCUAGUCAUAACUUUAUGUGUUUCUCCCAAGGGAGUAGUAGCUCAAGCACUGAUUAUAGGGAUCACAUCUUUUCUACCAUCACACCAACUAAUGGACCUUACUUCUGUCAUCCGGCAACAGACAUUGAUUCAUUCUCCAUGUUUCUUAGUCCACAAUAUUUGGAUGAUUACUUAAUCAAACAGAUAAGCUAUGAAGGCACUGAUCAUGAAAGGUCAUGUUUAGAGCCAUUGAAACUGCCUCAUUCUCCUCACAAUAGCUUCCAAGCUAAGAGGGAGCAUGAAAUGAUGAUGCUUGUUUCUGAACCUUCUUCAGAAGAGGAUAGAAUCAAAAGAUUUAGAAGCUCAAAUGCUUCCAUGGAGCUAAGUGAGGGAACAUGUCCAAAAGAACCUCAAGUGUCGAAUUCAUUAUGUAGAAAAUCAAGAGCAGGAAAAGUUGCUGCCACUGAUUCUCAAAGCAUUUAUGCUAGAAGGAGAAGAGAAAGAAUAAAUGAAAGGUUAAGAAUGUUGCAAACACUUGUCCCAAAUGGAACUAAGGUGGACAUUAGCACCAUGCUUGAGGAAGCUGUUCAAUAUGUCAAGUUUUUGCAGCUUCAAAUUAAGGUUCUAAGCUCUGAUGAUAUGUGGAUGUAUGCUCCAUUAGCUUACAAUGGAAUCAACAUUGGAUUGGACCUCAACUUUUCUUCUCCAACUGACUAA